UUUGGUGGCCCCAGCGCAGUCCGAGGCCAGCAUGUCGCUGCAGAGGAUCGUGCGUGUGUCCCUGGAGCAUCCCACGAGCGCUGUGUGCGUGGCUGGCGUGGAGACCCUCGUGGACAUUUAUGGGUCGGUACCUGAGGGCACAGAGAUGUUCGAGGUCUAUGGGACCCCUGGUGUGGACAUCUACAUCUGUCGCAGCGUGGACAGGGGCCGGGAGCGCGCGGACACCAGGCGGUGGCACUUUGAUGCUGGGUCAGAGAUCAUCGUGGUCAUGAACUCUCCCAGCAACGACCUGAACGACAGUCACGUUCAGAUUUCCUACCACUCCAGCCGUGAGUCCUUGCCCCUGGCCUACGCCGUGCUCUACCUCACCUGUGUUGACAUCUCUCUGGAUUGCGACCUGAACUGUGAGGGCAGGCAGGACAGGAGCUUCGUCGACAAGCGGCAGUGGGUCUGGGGGCCUGGUGGGUAUGGAGCCAUCCUGCUGGUGAACUGCGACAAGGACAAUCUGAACUGUGAUGAGCGAGACAACUGUGACCAGCACGUGCACUGCCUGCAAGACCUGGAAGACAUGUCCGUCAUGGUCCUGCGCACCCAAGGCCCCGCUGCCCUCUUUGAUGACCACAGACUUGUCCUCCACACCUCCAGCUAUGACGCCGAGCGGGCACGGGUCUUCCACGCCUGCGGGCCCGAGGACUCGUGCGAGGCCUACAGGCACGUGCUGGGCCAGGACAAGCUGUCCUACGAGGUGCCCCGCUUCCACGGGGACGAGGAGCACUUCUUCGUCGAGGGCCUCUCCUUCCCCGACGCUGGCUUCACGGGCCUCAUCUCCUUCCACGUCACCCUGCUGGACGACUCCAACGAGGAUUUCUCUGAAUCCCCGAUCUUCACUGACACCGUGGUGUUCCGUGUGGCGCCCUGGAUUAUGACGCCCAGCACGCUGCCGCCCCUGGAGGUGUACGUGUGCCGUGUGAGGAACAACACAUGUUUCGUGGACGCAGUGGCGGAGCUGGUCAGGAAGGCUGGCUGCAAGCUGACCAUCUGCCCGCAGACGGAGAACCACAAUGACCGCUGGAUCCAGGACGAAAUGGAGCUGGGCUACAGCCAGGCGCCGCACAAAACCUUUCCCGUGGUCUUCGACUCCCCCAGGAACGGGGAGCUGCAGGACUUCCCCUACAAAAGGAUCCUGGGUCCAGAUUUCGGCUAUGUGACUCGGGAACCACGAGACAGCUCUGUGAGUGGCCUGGACUCCUUUGGAAACCUGGAGGUCAGCCCCCCCGUGGUGGCCAACGGGAAGGAGUACCCCCUGGGCAGGAUCCUCAUCGGGGGCAACCUGCCUGGGUCGAGCGGCCGCAGGGUCACCCGGGUGGUGCGGGACUUCCUGAACGCGCAGAAGGUGCAGCCGCCCGUGGAGCUCUUUGUGGACUGGCUGGCCGUGGGCCACGUGGAUGAGUUUCUGAGCUUUGUCCCUGCCCCCGAUGGGAAGGGCUUCCGGAUGCUCCUGGCCAGCCCCAGCACCUGCCUCAGGCUCUUUCAGGAGAAGAGGAAGUGGGGCCAUGGCAGGGCCCUCCUGUUCCAAGGGGUUUGUGGUGCUCAGCCGGUCAACACCAUCUCCAUCAACCAGGUGCUCUCCAAUGAAAGCCUCAUCGGCUACAAUAAGUUUGUGCAGAGCUGCAUCGACUGGAACCGGGAGGUGCUGAAGCGGGAGCUGGGCCUGACGGAGCAGGACAUCAUCGACAUCCCCCAGCUCUUCAAGACCGAGAGGAGAAAGGCAGUGGCCUUCUUCCCUGACCUGGUGAACAUGCUUGUGCUGGGCCAGCACUUGGGCAUCCCCAAGCCCUUCGGGCCCGUCAUCAAUGGCCGCUGCUGCCUGGAGGAGAAGGUGCGGUCCCUGCUGGAGCCGCUGGGCCUCCACUGCACCUUCAUCGACGACUUCUCCUCCUACCACAUGCUGCAUGGCGAGGUCCACUGCGGCACCAACGUGCGCCGGCAGCCCUUUGCCUUCAAGUGGUGGAACAUGGUGCCCUGAGCCCGUCCCAUCCCCCCACCUCUCCCCCUGGGGUGGGACGUGGGCCUGGGUGAUGGAGACUGAGACAGGCCCCUGAACAGAAGCUCUUUUUCUAGAAGUGUUCACGCCUCAUCUGCAACCCGCUUGAUUCCUCUUGGCCCCCCAAGAAGAAGGACCUCAUUUCUUGUGGCCUCUCAGGCGCAUCAGCAUGACCCAUGGGGACUCCUCCAAACAUCCCCCUCCCAUCCCCAAAGCCUCCACUUGGGGCCUAGUUCAGUUUGGGGUCUAGAAACAUCCGUGCGUGUCAUCUGCCGUGUUGGCCUGUGUGUCCUGAUGGAGGAAGGACCCACAAUUCUGCUUUGGUCUGAUUGCCUCUCGCUCUGCAGGGGAACAGCCCUAAAGUCAGAUGCGUCCACACAGGACAGGAGAGGUUCUGCCCAUAGCCUCCCCACAGGGAGAUCCCAGCAGGGGCCCAUGGAGAUCAGGGUGGGACCAGCAUCCCGCCUGCCAAGGUCCUGCCCAGAUGCUGAACUCUGGACCUGCGCAGCGCCCAGCAUGAGCCUCUCAAUAGUCGCUGCUCCGAGAUGCGUGUUGAAGGAAGGAUAACUAUCUCUUAGCCUUCUAAACACCCCAUCAUCUGACUUUCAGAAACCCGGCUUUGUCCCCAAACCUCCUGGAAUCUCUUGGAGAUGAAAAUAUCUGGGGAAUUCCUGGAGAUGGGAAGGACUGUGGGUGCACGGUUGAGAAAUGUCCUUCAUGCUGCGUGGGUGCUUCACUGGCCCUGGCCCUCCCUCUGCAGGAGGGGAGACUCCUGGAAAAUCAGGCCUAGGCUUUCUGUUGACCUCUGGUGGCUGUUUCCAUGUCCUGCUGUGCCUCAGAAGCCGGGGCACAAGGAGACAGCUCGGGCAGUGAAUGCUGUCCGAGGGCAGGGGGUAGGGGGCAGGGGGUUCCCCAGAUGUGUGUCAGUUACAUGUGUGUUCCCUAUGGGUCCAGCUGUGUUUCCAUCACUGGCUAAUAAAUCUGCAGAAACGUAAA